UCCCAAUGCUGUGAGGUGGUGAUAGAAUUUUGUCCUGUGUAGGAUGAUUAAAUUGAACGGGAUGAAAUUCCGAGUGGGUCUGAAGUGUCUCUCUGAAUGCAUUUCUAAUGCGAUUGCCAGAAAACACUUUCCAGAUUCUGGAGGUUUAUGUGCUGGUCAGUUGAUGAGGUCGUGCUCCACAACUUCAAAAAGCACAAAAAAACAUGAUAAUGGUAGACUGAUGCGAAAGCAUCUAAUUGCAAAAAUAAAGUCAACAGGCCCAAUCUCUGUUGCAGAAUACAUGAGAGAAGUUUUAACGAAUCCUGUCGCAGGUUAUUAUUACCACAGAGAAGUUCUAGGAGCACAAGGAGAUUUUAUUACAUCGCCUGAGAUUAGUCAGGUUUUUGGAGAACUACUUGGAAUUUGGUGCGUCAGUGAGUGGAUGGCUGCUGGUAAACCUGAGGCAUUUCAUCUGGUAGAACUUGGGCCUGGCAGGGGUACUUUAGCAAGUGAUGUUCUAAGGGUCUUCAACCAACUCGGUUCGGUGUUGAGGGCAUGUGAGAUUUCUAUUCACUUGGUUGAAGUGAGUCCAAAGCUCAGUGAAACUCAAGCACAGAUUUUAACUGAAGGGGAGCACAGCUUAUUACAUGAUCCCAGUGCUGAAGUUUAUAAGGCAGGAGUUACCAAGACAGGGCUUCCAAUUGCCUGGUACAAGGAUUUACAGGAUGUACCAAAAGGUUUUGGCUUUUAUCUUGCACAUGAAUUUUUUGAUGUGCUUCCCAUCCACAAGUUUCAGAAAACCAAGCAGGGAUGGCGUGAAAUACUGAUUGAUAUUGAACCACGUUCACCAGAAAAGCUUCGGUUUGUCCUGGCACGCUCUGCCACUUUUGCUUCAAAAACGUUAAUUCAGAGGGAUGAUAAAAGAGACCAUCUGGAGGUCUGCCCUGAGGCUGGUGUCAUUAUCCAUAGCCUAGCUAGUCGAAUCGCUGAAGAUGGCGGAGCAGCACUAAUAGCCGACUAUGGCCAUAACGGAACAAAGACUGACACAUUUAGAGCUUUUCGUGGACAUCAGCUGCAUGAGGUGCUCACGGCACCUGGAACGGCAGACCUGACAGCAGACGUAGAUUUCAGCUUCCUUCGGCAAAUGACGAGGGGCAAAGUGGCCACCUUAGGACCGGUCACACAGCAGGAAUUUCUAAAAAACAUGGGCAUUGAUGUAAGACUUCAGGUACUACUGAAAAAUACAUCUGACCCAACCACACACAAAAACCUAAUUGAAUCCUAUGAUAUGUUAAUGAAUCCAGAGAAAAUGGGAAAACGAUUUAAGUUUUUCGCUUUGAUGCCUCAUGGUAGAGUAAUAAGCCAAGUUAACAAGCUUGUAAAACGUGACCCAACAGCAUCACCUGUUGCGGGAUUCAGUGAACUGCAGUUUUAAAGGAGCGCCAGGAAUAACUCCUCAAACAUGAUUUUCACUGGUAUUGGUGAAACUAUAUCUGAGAUGUACGUACAUAUCUGGUCUCUACUUUUGAGGCAGCAAUGCGAUACAUUAGAAUCGUUGACACGAAGAGGUUAAUGGACUCUGCACAUGCUUGGAGGCUGGAGAGGCUUAAGG